AUGUGUCCCAAACCUGCAGUGAUAUUACAAAAAAGGAAGAGCCAGGAGGAAGCAGGAACUGCGGAGAAGUCUGAAGAUCCACACCAGUCUCCAAAGAGAGGGAAAAAAGAACACUGUGAAAAAGAGCCUGCCCAUGAAGAACCUGGAAAACAUCAGCUAUUGAAUCCCAAGAAAGAGGGUCCAUUGCACCCAAAAAAAAGAGACAGGCUCAUAGACCCUCAAGAAGAGGAUGUUAUUGAAGUGAAAUGUGUGAGUACUGGCAAGAGGCAUAAACGCACUUACUCUAACAUACAGGAAGAUGUUGAGAAACGGCAUAAUGAAAAGUACAGAAGGUUGUUGGACCAUUUUCAAACCAGAGAUGCUGUCCACUGUGGCCCUCCCAACAGUCACACAAGACCUGCUGACAACCUGAAGAACAUCAAAGGCUGCAUGGAAGAGCCUGUUCAUGGUUGCAAAAGAACUCAAUUCCAGCCAAAUCACUGUAGAUCUCCUGUCACAAAACAUCAUUCACCAGUCAAAACUGAAAAGAGCUAUUCACCAGAGACGCUUUUGGAAACACAAAAGAUGGUUGGAGUGGACAUUGAUAACCAGAGAACAAGACACCACACCCAGCCUGGUAUUCUGGGAGGAACUCAGGCCCCAAACUCCGGAAAUAGUGACACCAGUGGCAUCUUCCACAAGAACUUGUUAAUGCCUGAGGCCAAGGAGAAGCCUUUUGAGGAGAAAGGGAAGAGCAGCAGCCAAGACCAUGGUCUUGAUGUAACACCUAACAUGGAGAAGGAGAUCAUGAAUGCACUGGGCCCAGGGCCCCAAGAGGACAUCUUAAGCAGUGCGUUUAAACUGAACAUUACUCGACGAGACAUCCAGACUCUUCAGGAAAGCCAGUGGCUCAAUGAUGACAUCAUAAAUUUUUACCUGAACCUACUCUUGGAACGGAGCAAAUCACCAGGCUAUGCCACACUUCACACCUUUAAUACAUUCUUCUAUGCAAAACUCAAGUGUGGGGGAUACAGGUCUGUGAAAAGGUGGACCUAGUCCGUGAAUAUCUUUGAAAAGGACAUUGUCCUGGUGCCUGUACACCUGGAGGUCCACUGGAGCCUAGUGGUCAUAGACCUUAGAAAGAAGACCAUUGUCUACUGGGAUUCCAUGGGACUCAAGAGACCAAGUGUCCUGAGGUUGAUUUUCCACUAUCUGCAAGAAGAGAGCAAAGCAAGAAGGAAUAUAGAUUUGAACCCUUCAGAGUGGAAGCAAUACAGCAUGGCAGCAGAGGAGAUUCCUCUGCAGCUGAAUAGGAACGAUUGUGGAGUGUUUGCCUGCAAAUAUGCAGACUAUAUUUCAAGAGGCCAACCCAUAACCUUCUCUCAGCAGCAUAUGCCUCUGUUUAGGAAGAAGAUGGUAUGGGAAAUUCUGCAUAAGCGCUUACUGUAA